CCAGUCGGACCGUUCACGGCUGGUGAAUGUUAAGUUUACUCUCUUCAACAUCAAUUUAUAAAAUAAAAUUGGACUUACUAGAAUCGAAAUAACCUCACGUGUGAGAAGCACAUGGCGCAGAUAAAGGUGCCCAUGGCGUUGCCUGGAACGCAAGACAAUGUGAAGCGGGUACCAUGGUUUUCUCCGAUGGAAUGGCACGACGUAUACAGGCAGAUUUAUUCUAACAACAUGGAAGAACAGACAAAAGCCUAUGAAAGGCUUUUAGCAUGGAAAGCCAGAAUGCCAAAACUACCAGCAGGUGUAGAUUGUACUUUGUCAAUUCUGCAAGUAUGCUUACGUGAUCGGGAAUGGACAUCCAAGAUUGACAGUGGCGAACUGCCAAUGUACUGCGAGAACGACUUGAGUUUGAUGUACUCAACCAUAAUAAUGAGAUUCUUAAAUCACUUCUGUAACAUAGGGCACACAAAACAGACAUCCCUGUUCAAGAUUGCUAAUCAAUUGAAAAUUCCGGAGUGGAUAGUCAGCUUGAGACAUGAGGCUGCCCAUGGACAUGAAUUACCUUCCAUCGGAGUAUUAAGAAUAGCGAUUAAUAUAUUACUUCACUGGUUGCAUGAUGAAUAUUGGGCACCUGAAGCACGCACGAUGGAGAAAUGUUACAUGAAAGAAACAUAUACUUUAGAAAAGGAAGAAUUUGAAGAAACGCAAAUCUUAGAUAUGAUCGAACUUUGGACAGCUGUUAGUUUAUAUAUCAAUGCUGGUUUUAAAUUAGUGUCAGAUUUACCAGAAACGCAACUACGAGAAAUAUUGCAAGAUCUACGAGAUAUGUUGUCUCAGUAUAAAAGUAAGACUUCGGACAGUGAGGAGAACGAAUAUAUAUCCAUUUAUAAAAAAACUAUAAAAAUUGAGAAACAAUACAGUUUGCAAACUGCACGGAUUUUACUUUUAUCUAAGAUAUCAGUGGAUUUGUCUGAAGAUGAAUCUUCGAGUACAACACGCAAAAAAUGCGAUGUAAUUUGUAACGCAUUAUGUAACAAUAAGGUUUUUCUAUCAACUUUAGAUGUCUUGCAAAUUUUUCGGCAGAAAGGAAAAAAGAAUAUUAAUAUGAGAAAGAAAAUUUUGCCUCUCAGAAUGCUUCAAUUUUGGAAAGAUAUCAUCUUUUUACUGCAUAGAGAGAAUAUGUUAGAAGCAUUACUGUUUAAGUUGCUCAAUAUCGUGAAUCAAGAAUAUGAAAAUAAAGAAAGAAGAAAUCUUGCUGCCUUAUGGAUAAGUUCCAUUUUCUAUAGUUUUGUUCAAUUGAAUCUCGCUCAAGAUAUUUCUCAUUCUAUAGAGUACGAAUCACAGAUGUCGAGCAUGAAAUUAACUACAAAAACUUUAAAUCAGCAUCUCAAGGAGCAUAUACAUUCUAAUCAUCCAUAUUUGCGGAAAGUUUUAUGGUUAGAUAUAUCGAGUAUCAUACCACAUUUUGUUUUUGAUAUAAACUUCUUAUCAAGACUUUUAUUAAAUGUGAACGAAUUUUCUGCAAGAUUGAUACAACCGCUUUUGAAAUUGGUUACACCAAAAAUAAAUGUGCAAACGAAAAAAAAAUUAUUAAAUUUACUUGAAAUUUACAUAUUCCAAGAAAACGAUAAUAAUAAGAACAAUGAUGAUGACCUUUGCGAUAAAGUAUUUAGUGUGGAAGAUUUUGAUCUAAUAGAACAUGGAAUACAGAUACAUAAAAUGGAAUGUGCAAUUGAACAAAAACCUAUGUUAGCAGACCAAACAAUCCGUAAUCCACAUUGGAAAUUUGCACAUGGUAAUUACCAAUGGAUUGAAUGUCCUAUUGGAUUAUUGCCGUGGCAGAUAAACUCAUUGAAAUAUUUGGAACCACUUGAAGUGAAGUCAUCGAGAAGUCCGACUUCAGUUUUGGAUUCUCAAAUAGUCGCUGGCAUGGUAAAUCGUAAAAACUUGAAAAUGUGUAGUCGUAUCAAGUGGGACAAUAUAUUGCGAAAGAAAAAGAGAAUACAAAAAAAACGUAACAAGGAUAUCGCAGACAUCAUAAUGAAUAGAGCAUUAGAGAUAACUAAAAAUCAGACAUAAUGCAAAUAUAGUAAUAAAAUGUUACAUAUUAUUUUUCUUUUAAUAAAUAAGUUAUAUAUAUUUAAUAAAAUCCAUUACAUGUGUCUAUCCGUUCGAAACGUAAUUUAUAUUAUAUCAGCAGCAAAUAUAAAGUCCAUAUAUUAAACAUAGAAAAAAAUCAUGAUGUAUACAUCGCAGAGAAAGUAUGAAAAUAUCUUACUAAUUUAUUUGAACAUUUACGGAUAAACGUAUUGCAUAACCA